AUGCUACCGUCCAUGCAACCAUCGAGGCCAAAGGCACAACAACCACGUCAACAUCAAAGCCCACUAUACCAGCAGCAGACCCGACAGCAAUCCUCCCAACCAUCAUCCCAGAUCGAAGCCAUGCCGCCGCACAAGACACCGGCACCCCCAGCGCCGGUGGCAAUGUCAGCUUCAAUGCCAGCACCGAUGUAUAAUCCUGCAACAAUGCAUCCCGUCUUCUUCGCGCCGUGGAGAAAGGCGCCCUUCCCCAUGCCCGGCAGCAGUGGUUUCAGCCCUGUCGCGACGGGCUAUGUCUUUGGAGAUGGGAGGAAGCGGAGCCAGUCUAUGACCAAGUUGUGA